UGUGUUCCGUUAUUCACUGCCAGUGCUGAAAAUCUAUAGUGUAUGUGACGUAAACUAUAGAUUUUUAGUACUGACAGUGAAUAUCGGAACGGACCCUACAUGCACAGAUUAAUAGAUCUGUGCUACAUGCGAGUGAAAAGGCAGAACGGUUCUCAUCAUUAUAUAUGUUCUGUGGUUCUCACGUGGUACCACGUGGUACAUACAUACAUACUGUCACUGUGUUAUUCUAACGGCAAUGUUGUCACCUGUCGAAGCGUGUUGACAUAUAAUGGAACAGAGUUAUUUUCGAGAUGUCGUGAACGCGGAGUACAAUCGGAAACACGACGAACGUAUUGAAUAUGGUACUGCUGGCUUUAGAACCAAGUCGGAUAUCUUGGAGCAUGUCUUAUAUAGAAUGGGCCUCCUAGCUGUAUUACGAUCCAAAGCAAAGAGAGCUGCCAUAGGUUUAAUGAUUACCGCAAGCCAUAAUUUGGAACCUGAUAAUGGCAUCAAACUCGUUGACCCAGCUGGCGAAAUGCUUGAGGCUUCUUGGGAAACGAUAGCGACGAAUUUAGCUAACGUGCAAGACAAUGAAUUGAUAUCAAGGCUGACACAUAUAUCCACAAACGAAAAUAUUGACUUACUGGUGCCAGCCACAGUGAUAAUAGGAAGGGAUACUCGUAGAAGCAGUCCCAUCCUGUUGAACGCUGCACUGGCAGGAAUCAGAGCUUUAUACGGCAACGUUACAGAUUUAGGACUGAUCACGACUCCGCAGUUACAUUACGUCGUGGUAUGCACGAACACUAACGGUGCCUACGGCAAUCCCACGCUGCAAGGCUACUAUUCGAAGCUAGCAGCAGUAUUUAAAAGCAUACGAGGUGCUGAGACAAACAACGGAAUGUACAUGAACGUAUUGCAGUUGGAUGCGGCAAAUGGCGUCGGCGCUAUCGCAGCAAAGGAGUUUCAGAGAUCCUUGGAGGGCGUGCUAAAUAUCAGGUUAUUUAACGACGGAAGCGGAAACUUGAAUCAUAUGUGCGGCGCGGAUUACGUAAAAGUGCAACAAGCAUUGCCUUUGAAUAUCCCAUCUGAGACAAAUGUCAGAUGCGUUAGCAUAGACGGGGACGCCGAUAGAGUUGUAUAUUUCUACAUAGAUAGAGCUAAUAAGUUUCAUCUUUUGGACGGGGACCGAAUAGCGACGUUAGUAGCCGCUUAUUUCAAGGAACUA